AUAGGUUGGUUCAUUAAUAGAGCUAGAAACAGUGGAAGGACAGCAGUAAUCUCUGAGGGCUACACUACAACACAGCACUGCUUGCCUGUGUCCUGAACCCUUGUUGUCACGGAUACCUCUCCAUGGAGACGCAUUCCCAAAGGUGGAGAGGAGGGCUUUAAGGUGUAAAGAGACCCUCACCUUGAUGAAGCAACAAGUCAAGAGAAAAAGGAUGAAGAAGGAGAGACCUUAGGAGAGGAGGAAUAACAGAACGGUUCACUGUGGAGGAACAAGAGGAGUAGGAAUUUAUAAGGAAAGUUGGAUGUUGUUGAAGUUAAUUCAUCAGGAUGGGCUAUGAUCUGGAGAGGUUUGUGGGAUAUGUGAAUGAGGGUCUGCUGUGCUGUGUGUGUCGAGACGUGUUGGAGCGCCCCCUCCAGGCUCCCUGUGAGCAUGCCUACUGCAGCGCAUGCAUCAGCAGCUGGCUGCUCCAUCACCACUCCUGUCCCGAGGACAGACUGCCACUGGAUGUGGGCAGCCUCAAACCACUGUACAGGUCUGUCUACAUGUACAUGCGUAAUGACCUGAACUGUCUGCAGAUCCGUUGUGUGAAUGCAGGACAGGGUUGUGAAGUGGUCUGCUCCCUAGAGAACAUGCACACCCACGAGGAUGAGUGUGAGUUUGCCUUCGUCUCCUGCUCUAACACAGGUUGUCCUGUGCAGGUAGAGAGGCGGGGUCUGGAGGCUCACCUGUCGGAGUGUAACUUCCGCAGCAGGGAUUGUCCAAAUGGCUGCGGUCAUACUCUUCUCUCCAUUGAUCAAGUGCAGCAUAACUGUGUAGCAGAGCUGCGCACAGAAGUGGAGAUGCUCAGGGCAGAGAUGCUGUGCAAGAUUGAGGAAGUGAGACGAGAGAUGGAGUCUCGAUUGGAUUCCCAGAGGAGACACAUGGUGCAGAAAGAGUCGCAGCUGAAGAACGAUGUGGAGGAGCUCAAGGGUCAACUGUCCCGUGUGAUAUGCGACAUGCGUGCCCUGUUAGGAGCCGAGCGUCUCAGGAGACAGGAGCUGGCAGAGGCAGAGCUGGAGAAGAGGGAACUGUUGGAGCUCCUCAGAGACAUGCAGCCCACCAGGGUCCAACUUCCUGUUGAACCAGCAGCCAGGGAGCAGCUUCAGGGAGACCUGCACACAUCUGGAUGGGACCUACACAGUGAGCCAACAAGACACCAGCAGAGGGAGUCACCUUUACAUGCCUCCAGUCUCUCACUACAUUCAGCGCAGGCUAUGAAUAUCUCAGGACCACCUUCAUCACCUCAGCUGGGAGAGGGGGCGCGCAAAGGGGGGACGAGGAGCCUCACUUUGGACUGCAUCAAAAGGAAGAGCCGGGAGGUGACGGUCAUCUGAGAGUAGUGAACCAUUGGAUAAGCCAAAAAAGAAAAAUACAUCUUUACAUGUUUUAAUAUCUGGCAAACACUUUCAAACAAAAGUAAUGAAACAUUUUGAAUGUACUGUAAGUUACACUGAUUCUAACAUAUAAGUUUGAUUAAAUCAGCGUUCAGAGAAAAAUACUUAGUCUGCUGUGUAAUAAUCGAUGUUGUAUGUGAGAGGUAAGACUUUUCAUGUAAUUUCACAAACUUGUAGACUCAUGUGAAAAUGACUAGACAUUCAUCUAUUUUGUACAAUGAAUUCAGAUAAUGUCCAGCAAAUACAUCACCUGUGUUAUUUUGUAUCCAUCAAGUAUCAAUUAAAAACACCUAAAGUCAUUUCCUUGA